AUGACAAUGUCGACCCAACCCUCUCGGAGCGUCGACGAAUCCAGUGCAUUCUCCUCGUCUUUGAGCCGAACUCAACCGCUCGACACCGCAAGAUAUGCCGCACCUGUAUCACACCUCUACCAUAACUCGCCGAGCGCGACUCUAGUCGACUUCAGCACCAACCCUUUGACGUGGCCUAUAGAUUGGUAUCUCGCUGGCCCAGACGAAGAGAUUGGCGAUGAUGAAAUCGGCCCACCACCAAUGCUCGCAACACAUGCCCCUCCUGUCGUGUCAAAUAAUUCCCAUCCCACCCCAACCCGCCACGAUUUGGACCAUUCCAUUCCCGCAACACCGACCGGGGCGUGGCAGAUGUUUUUCUGUUCUCCCCCUACCCCUCGUCUUGGUCGUCCACUCCCGCCACAACCUGAAACCCCAACACCCGCACCACGUCUGAAACACAAGCGCACAACGUCUUCACAAGUGACUGGCCAUGCUCUAUCCAUCAAUCCUUCGACUCUGCACAACACUAUCACCCAACACUUGACUACGAAUGCGGACAAAGAGAACGCAAACGCUAGCCCGCAACUCGUUUCUUUUUCGGCUCCUGUCGCACCUACUCUUCGGCGAUCAAAUCGUCUCGCUGCAACCGUUACAAAGGACCAGGCACUAGCACCCAGUCGUAAGCACUCCGCGCCAUAUCGCAGAGAGCCCCGCUCCCGUAUCAGUAACGGCAAACAACUGCCCAAAGGCCUCGCUAACAAGUCCAAACAGUCGAAGACGAAGAUACUACGGCAACAGCAAUCAAGCAGUGGAGGCCUACCUUAA